GGUGGGUUGCCAAUCUAUGUUAAUCAUCCUUUUGUUCCUACAAUCAGGACGGCUGAAGAGUGAUAAAAAGGUUGCAUUUUCCAAACCUCAGAUUUUUAAAAAUCUGUAUUAUUGCCUAGGAGUACAGAAGCUGCUUUUGGUAGUAAUUAUGAACCCACCCCCUCACUCCAAUCUGAACAUCACUUUAUUCUUUGCAAAAUUGUCCCCAGUAUUCAAAGUAUCUGUGACCUUGAAGACGCUAUGGCACAAGGAAGUUUGGCUAAUAACUUGGAGGAUCUGUUCUAGUUUGUAUGGUAGCGUUGUGUAUACUUUGGUACACGGGCUGUGUACCAGAGAUAAAUUAAAAAUGGCAAUUAUUGAUCUUUAACGAUGAGUGUGUUUUGCCCCCCCGGGGGGAAAGUGACAAAUUUGUGAGCGUAAACUGAAAAGGGAAGGCUAGAUAUGAUCUGAAGCAGUGGCGGGGGACACACAGGAUCCUGCUGUGGACAGUUAUGGGGGCUAAUCUCAAAACUGGUGGUAUCUGGAAACAUAUGUUUAAACGUAGGGGGUGUCAGUUGGAGCAAGGAUAGAUACUGCUCAGUGCCCUCAUGUGGGUGACCUUGUGCUGGGGCAGCCAUUGGAGGGGGCGAGAGGUGAGGGCCUUGGCGUGUCUUUGGGUAGCUCAUGUCAGCCAUUUUGGUGUCUUUGACAGGAUUUUGAGUCAACCUUUUGGAAAAUGUGGUUGGUGGUGACAAAGGGGGCAUUUAUUUAAAUAUGUACUUUGUUUUCGGAAUAAGAGAUAGUGACACAAUCUUGCGGCUAGACGGCUAUUUUGGGGGGAUGUGGUGUUAGACUUGGCAUGGAUGCCUGUGCUGUGGAGUCGUGAAAAAUCCUUCAGCCGCGCUGGGCUGGAGAGGCAGCCAUGAAAACAGCCUGCCCUCACAGACGUCCCUAAAGAGCCCCUUCUCCUCCGUCGUCUCCCUCGCUUUUCCCCUCCCCUUCUUCCCAUUCGCCCCCCCCCCAGCCAAGGCACCACGGCUUGUAGCCAAUCGGCUGCCUCUGGCUUCUCGGCACAGGCCAAUCGGAGAGCGGCGGCGGAGGGCUGUUGGCUUUGUACACGACUGCGGCGUUCGUGCCUUCUCUCUUCCCGCCGCGCUGCACACGCAGGAUGGAAUUCUGGGGGACGCGGGAUUCGGAACCGUUGGCCCCCACAGCAGAAAACCAAUAGCAAACGCCCGGCCCUUUUUUCCCCGCCCUGGGGCGCGCGGAAUUUAAAUAUGCAAAUCGUGAAAGGAUGUGCACCGCCUCUACAGUGAUCACUUGUGUGUGGGAAAUAAGAUAUCCACUAUGCCGAGGGGAGGGGAGGGGUUGGGAUUCCCACUUUGAUGCUUCCCAUUGUUGUCACUGCCUCCCCCCCCCCAAAGAGAGAGAGAGAGAGGGAAUGCAAUAAACUGAUAAUGAAUGAAUGGGUAUAUGCAAGAGAUUUUUUACAAAGCUUUGCAAGAUCUGAGUGUUCUGGUUCAAAACAAAGUAACUUUGUACACCUGCAAGUUCAGGUGAGCAAACAGAGGCUUUACACAACCAGAGUUGCUAGAACAAAGCACUUUUUGCAGGAUCUUGCCCCCCCUUGCAAAGAAAUGUUAAAGUGAGCUUUGCAGAACCUGAGCGGCUCAGCUAAAUUCUUGCCAUGUUCUCUGGGCUGGAGUAGAACAAGAAGUUUUUUUAUAAUAGGUCAGUUGUGAAUUAUAGAUUCAAAUGUACAAGCUGAGCCAGACACGCCAAUGCUCAACCUCAAAAGUGCACUGUUUGUUGCUUUUAGCAUAAAUUUGGAAUGAUGUCAGAAUGAAUGCAAGUAUCAAGUGACCUGCCCUAGUUCCAUUGAUUUGAUUGUCCUCGGGAUUCCUAGUGGGUGCUGGCAGGUUUGUUUUCAGACACAAGAACCUAUCUCUGGGUACUUCGGGUGUUCAGAGAUGGAUGUGCAUAUGUUUUCCAGUUUAUUGACAUUAACAAUUUAAACAAACAAACAAACAAAACCCAUUUUCCUUGAAGCCUCGUUUGCUUCAGCAGCGACCAGUGUCUGCUCCUUCCUUGAAAUGCCGUCGACUUGCACCUGCAGCUAAGCCACCAAGACCCAGACUGGGGCCUACCUUGCCUUCUCCAAGAGCCUUUGCUGAGAAAUGCCCAGAAUCUCUCAUCGCUUCCGGGGCUGUCGAAUUCACAUCAAUGUCGUUCAGUGCCACCAUUUUGUUCUCGCCUCCCAACGCCAAAGAGGCCAAAUGCUGCUGCUGCACCUGCAAGCAGGAGCCCGGCGCUCAGGGAGCUGCCCCACCACCCUCAUCCCCACCUUGCACUCCCAUCACGGUGACAGGGACUGGGCUAUCAGUGCAGUCGUCGGACCAGCUCCUCCACAUCAUCUAUCAACGUGUGGAGAAGGCCGUGAGCCUUGCGGAGGUGGCGCUGAGCCUAGCCAGGGCCAACAACGAGACCUUGAGGCGGCUGGAAGAGGAAAUGGGAGCAUUGCGCCGCGGAAUGGGCCCAACCCUCAAAGCGAGCCCCCUGGGUCCUCCAGAGGAGCAUCAAGAGAACAAUGAUGAGGAAGAGGAACGAGAGGCCGAGGGCUUCAGAAAUGGCGUCCAGGUGGUCAUUGAGGAGCUGAGGCAGCUGGGGGCAGCAGCAGCAGCCGGGCCACCUGGCCACUUGGGUUUCUCGCCUGUGCAGCUGGGACCUGGGGGCCUUGGUGGGGUAACGGAAGAAUCUCCCACCGUAGAUAGCUCCAUGCAGCGGAUCUAUGCCACACCCGCUUCUCCUGCCCCUCAGAUGCCUCCUCAGCCUGUGGAUGAGCCUUCUCUCUCCUGCCCAGAAGUAUCCCCUAACAGCAACACCCUGGAGGACACCAUGCUGCAUUCAGAGGAACCACGUUUUUCUUUGGGCUUUGCGAGUCUGCCUUGUAGAAGCCGAAGCAUUGGACAGAAGAAUGCACGGCGCAAGAGAGACCUAGUGCUUUCAAAACUGGUCCAUAAUGUCCACAACCACAUCACCAAUGACAAGAGGUUUGAUGGCUCUGAGAGCAUUAAAUCUUCAUGGAAUAUCUCUGUGGUGAAAUUCUUGCUAGAAAAACUGAAGCACGAAUUGGUAUCAAAUCACCACAAUUAUACUGAUAAAGAGCUAAAAGGGGCCUGUGUGGCCUACUUUCUGACAAAGCGACGUGAAUACCGCAACUCUCUCAAUCCCUUCAAAGGGCUUAAGGAGAAGGAGGAGAAGAAACUGCGCAGCAGACGCUAUCGGCUCUUUGCCAACCGUUCGGGGGUAGCACGCCUGCUUGGCCCGGAAGAGCAGCGUUUGUGGCAAGGUGUAACUGAGGAGCUCAUGUCCGAUGAGGAAGACAGCCUGAGUGAGCCGGGGGUGUGGGUGGCGCGCCCCCCACGAUUCCGUGCUGCUCCCCUCACCCAGCUCUGCUACCGGCUGGACGCCAACUCGAAGCACGGCACCAAAGCGAAUCGUGUGUAUGGGUCACCCUCGGACCGUCUGCCCUCUGCGGAAGCCCAGCUUUUGCCCCUGCACCUCUACAACCCUCUCUUCCAAGAGGAGGAAGCCAGGGCUGGCACGCCGCCUCACCCGCCCAGCCACAAAGGCUUCUGUCCUGAUCUCAACUCCUUCGUUGAGAUCAAAGUGGAAAAGGAUGAAUGACCUACAGUGUCUGCCCUCAUUUAGUAUGGCAGCCAAAGUAAUGGGGUGGAGAGAGGUCAGCCAACUGAGAGGCUUCCAACCAUCUGCUGAGCUCAGUCCUUCCUCAAGAUGAAGGGAGGACGUUGUCAUAUGAGGAAUAAGACGUCUCUUCACUCCACUGGAACCUCUUGUAGGUCAAGAGGGAGAAGAAACCGUGAUGGGGUAGGAAGCACUGGGGGGGAAAUACCUCUUCCCAGCUAAGAUGGCUGAUCUGUACUCAACUGGUUGACCAACCUCGUGAACUUGAAGGGUAGAGAAUAACAAAGAGAAUUCUCUUCUCUGAGCCUGAGAUUGGCAAACUUGACACAAAGUAGGAAUUCCCUUAAAAUAACGGCUCCGGUUGGGUCAGAGACUUGGGAGAACCCUUUGUACUCCAUAGCUUCUCUCCUCCAUCUUUGAGUUUUUGAUCAUGGAAACUGAAGGCUGACAGAGGUUUAAGGGGGCUGCUCGGUUUGGUGGGCCUGCUCUUUCGACCACAGAGGGGUUGGGAGAACACUGAGGGGCCUCAUGCUGGACUUCUUAAUUGAGAGCAAUGGUUUUAAAGGGGCAAUAUAAAAAGAUACCUGUAGAA